CGCACUCAUUAUUAAGUGCAUCCAACCUUCCGGCAUUCCGGCCGUAUAUAAAAGGCGGCCCCUCCGCCAUCACCAGCAACAGUUCAGCUCUUGAGUGCACAGCCGAGAACGCAGAACCGACCAUGAAGGCCAUGCUGGCUUCCCUGUUCGUGAGCGCCCUGGUCGGCGUCUCUAUGGCCGGCCUUGUCGGAUACGGCGGUGGCUACGGUGGUGGCUACGGCGGCGGCUACGGUGGAGGCCACGGCGGAGGACUCCUUGUCCUUGGUGGCUACGGCGGCGGAGGAUACGGUGGCGGAGGAUACGGUGGUGGAGGAUACGGUGGCGGUUAUGGCAAAUCCCUUCCUGGCCCAUCCUUCCUCAUUAAGAGCGUGCACCACGUGAGCAAGGUCAGCCACGGAGGGCCCAUCCUGGCUAACUACGACCUCGGAGUGGCCUACGGUGGCGGAUACGGCGGAGGUUACGGAGGGGGCUUCGGAUUCGGAGGCGGUUACGGCGGCUACGGCGGUUACGGAGGUUACGGAGGUUACGGUCUCGGCUACGGCCACAAGGGCUGAAGUUAGGGCCUCUUCACUCGUAGCCAAAACACGGACGCAGAGCACGCAGCAGUAGUCUGACCGAAAGAUGAUCUUACAUUUGCAACAACGUUCAUUUGAAUAAUGCAGCCUAUGCCGCAAGAACUACAUAAACCACGUAUAAGCAGACGAAAUUAGACAAAAAAAGAUAGACAUCAAGAAACAAGAAUCUCACCAGAGAAGUGUGGACGCAACCAGCAUGAGUGAGUGUAUAUGAAGCCUGCUCAGUCGGUGGAAAGCGAGUGUAUCUAGUGGAAGAAUCACCCUCAUCCCGAAGCCUGCGGACGGUGUUGGCUCUUGCGAUGUAUAUUUUGUACAAAUGAGAUCACACCGCUAAUAAAACAGAUGUACAGGAAACA